AUGGUGCCACCUGUUUACUGGAGUUUUAGGUCAGAACUGUACAAGUCGGCUCUGGCUUUGCUUUUCGCGGUCCAAGAAAUCAACAAAGAUCCAUAUCUUCUACCAAACAUCACACUGGGCUUCCAGAUGUAUGACUCCUGCUACUCCGAGCCACCUGCUCUUCAGGCCACUUUCCAGCUGACCUCAGGUGGGAACUAUGCCCCAAACUAUAACUGUGCCGCCCGGCCACUUCCACCGGCUGUCAUUGGAGAUAUAUCAACUUCGUCAUUGGCAAUAGGAAGAGUACUUGGCCUUUGGAGGUUACCUCAGGUCAGCUAUAUAGCCUCCGUUCCAGCCCUGAGUAACAAAAUGGACUUUCCGUCAUUCUUAAGGACUAGCGUCAGUGUUGCGAAUCAGCCGCAAGCAGUGAUUGAAAUGUGCCUGAAAUUUGGCUGGACUUGGAUAGGGAUCUUUAUUUCCUCGAUAGACUAUUACCUGCAAGCGGGUACAACCCUCAAACGUGAGGCGACCAGGAACGGGAUUUGCAUAGCAUUUUUUGAAACGGUCGACUACGUUCUCAGCAUAGCGGUUCUCCCGACGAUCGUAGAAACGGUGCGCAGAUCAAAAGCCACCGUGGUAAUUCUCUACUGCUCCCCAGCAGAGGUUAACAUGAUAUUCAUCGGGGUCCUUCAACAUAAUCUCUUUGGAAAAGUCUGGAUUGGCACCGAAGCCUGGUUCACCACCCCAAUAUUCAAGCAGAAGCAGUACUGGGACCUUCUCAACGGCACCAUAGGGAUCGCAAGAAGUCGAAAUACACUACCACACUUCUCCAGCUUCCUCCAGUCUGUCCACCCUUCCACAUACUCCAGGAUGCUCUCCAUCCAACAGUUUUGGGAGAUAUUAUUUAACUGCAGGUGGGCUGUGGGUGAGACCAAUAGUAGAGUAUCAUCUGCUGUAGGCCCAGGCAGCCGGGUUUGUACGGGGUUGGAGAAACUGGUGACAGAUGACAUUACGGAGUACAAUGACCCGACAUCACAAGCCGUGUAUUCGGCUCACAAUGCUCUCUACGCCAUUGCUCAUGCUCUCCACAACCUGCUGACCUGUGAACCUGACGAAGGACCCUUCGCUGGGAAGUCUUGUGCCGAUAAACAUGAUAUUAAACCUUGGCAGCUUCUUUAUCACUUGAGAAGAGUUCAUUUUGUCAACACUGCCGGGGAAGAAGUGUCAUUUGAUGCUAACGGAGACAUCAACGGCUACUUUGAUAUUCUGAAUUGGCAGCUAGAAGACAACAUUGGUAAAUAUGUGAAAGUCGGGACGGUCAGCCCCAGUCAGGGAUUCUCCAGUAAUGACAGCGCCAUUUUCUGGGCUGGAGGACCGGGCAAGGUUCCAAUAUCAGUCUGCAGCGGUGACUGCCCUCCUGGUUACAGGAAGACGCCGCGGAGAGGUCAGCCGGUCUGUUGCUUUGACUGCCUUCUGUGCCCGGAGGGGAUGAUUUCCAACCAAACAAAUUCUAUGUCUUGCUUCAUUUGUUCAGAAGACCAGUGGUCAAAUAAUGAAAGAACCAAAUGCGUUCCUAAGGUCAUCGAAUUCCUCUCCUAUGAGGAACCCUUGGGGCUGGUGAUGGCGUCAUUCUCAGUGAUCUUCUCUUUGGCCACAAUGAUGGUGCUGUGCGUGUUUUUCAGGUUCCGGGACACUGUAGUGGUGAAAGCGAAUAACCGCAACCUCAGCUACCUCCUCCUACUGUCCCUAACAUUCUGCUUCCUCUGCUCCUUGGCAUUCAUCGGCCGCCCAUCCAGACUGACCUGCACCAUCAGACAAGCUCUCUUCGGGGUCAUAUUCUCGCUGUGUAUCUCCUGUAUCUUGGCCAAAACCAUCAUCGUUGUCAUUGCCUUUAAUGCCACCAGACCUGGCAGCAAUUUGAGGGCGUGGGUUGGUUUCCAGACAGCCCUCCUUGUUGUCUCUACUUCAAACUGUGUCCAGGUGAUUAUUAUCCUGGUGUGGCUGGUCAGGUUCCCACCGUUUCUAGAGCCUAAUUAUCAUGUCUUAACUGGUGUCAUCCUCAUGGAAUGUAAUGAGGGUUCUGUCAUCAUGUUCUUCUGCACCAUAGGAUACUUGGGCUUCUUGGCCUUGAUCAGUUUUGUGGUCGCCUUUCUGGCUAGGAACUUACCGGACAGCUUCAAUGAGGCGAAAUACAUCACCUUCAGCAUGCUGACCUUCCUCAGUGUCUGGGCGAGUUUUAUUCCUGCCUAUCUCAGCACUAAGGGCAAAUACAUUGUUGCCAGUGAGAUAUUUACCAUAUUACUGUCCAGUUUUGGUCUUCUGUGCUUUAUAUUUGGCCCCAAAUGCAAUGUCAUCCUCCUGAAGCCAUCAAUGAACACAAGAGAAUAUUUAAGGUCAAAUGCAUAAAAUCAGACACUGCAAGAAAUAUUUUUAAAUAAUAAGGAGGUUCCAUACAGCAGAAGGAGCAGGGUGUUCCGUAGUCAUCACUAGGUGUAAGUGCAAACAAUGGAUUUGCA